AUAAUAAAGGAGGAGAAGAAGAAGAAGAAGAAGGAAACCCAUUAGUAAUUGUACUAUUUCCAAUGCUAGAAAAACUUGAACUCAAUACAAUGCCAAAUCUGGAGAAGUGGACAAUCUCAGUAGAAGAAGAAGAAGAAGCUGAUGUUGAUGAUGAAGAAGAAGAAGAAGAAGAUAACAAUAAUUUGCAUUUGCUGUCUUCGAUGUUUCCACGUCUCAAGGACUUGUCUUUAGAAGAUUGCGGUAAGCUAAGAAGAGUACCAAUGCUUUCGGCGUGGGUAAUACAACAUCUAACCUCUCUUCACAAUUUGGAAAUCAAAGGUCUUGAAGGAUUAGUGUCUCUGCCUGAUUGCCCUGCUCCUGCAACACUAGAAGAGCUAUACAUUGAAAAGUGUUCAAGUCUAGUGAGAUUGCCAGACUGCUUCUUUGAGAAUCUCAACUCACUUUCUGAGUUUCAAAUUUGGAGUUGUCAUAAGUUUGCAUCUUUACCGGAAGGGAUUCGGCACCUCAUUACACUGAAACACCUACAAAUUAAUGACUGCCAAGGCUUGACAACAUUACCGGAGGGCCUGGGAAGUCUCUCAUCGCUUCAAGUGCUUAAGAUUGGAAAUUGCUCUGAUUUGUCGUCUCUGCCACAAGGGAUUCAGCACCUCACUGCACUAAAAACGCUGCAUAUUUGGGCAUCUCCGGUUCUGAAGGCAUUACCGGAGGGCUUGGGAAGUCUCUCAUCACUUGAAGAGCUUGAGAUUCAGUAUUGCUCUGAUUUGUCGUCUCUGCCACAAGGGAUUCAGCACCUCAGUGCACUAAGAACGCUGGUAAUUUCAGGAUGUUCAGGUCUGAAGACGUUACCCAAGGGCUUGGGAAAUCUCUCAUCGCUUCAAGUGCUUGAGAUUCGAAGUUGCUUUGAUUUCUCUUCUCUGCCACAAGGGAUUCAGCACCUCACUGCACUAAAAACGCUGAAUAUUUUGGGAUGUCCGGUUCUGGAGACAUUACCGGAGGGCUUGGGAAGUCUCUCAUCACUUGAAGAGCUUGAGAUUCAGGAUUGCUGUAAUUUAUCGUUUCUACCAGAAGGGAUUCAGCACCUCACUACACUAAAAAAGCUGGGAAUUCUGGAAUGUCCAGGUCUGAAGACAUUGCCCAAAGGCUUGGGAAGUCUCUUAUCACUUGAAGAACUUGAAAUUGAGGGUUGCUGUAAUUUAUCGUCUCUGCCAGAAGGGAUUCAGCACCUCACUGCACUAAAAAAGCUGAUAAUUUCAGAAUGUCUACAUCUGAAGAAGUUACCGGAGGGUUUGGAAAGUCUCUCAUCGCUUUUUGAAGCGUUUCAGAUUAGUGAUUGUUCUUGUUUGAGAGCAUCACCGGAUGGGCUUGGAGACCUCGACUCUGAUUAUUCUUGUUAUAGAGCAUCAUCCGAUGGGCGUGGAGACCUCGACUCUGAUUAUUCUCGUUAUAGAGCAUCAAUCGAUGGGCUCAGUGACCUUGACUCGGAUGGUGUAAUUGAAUUUUCAGAUUGA